AUUGCAAUUUGCAAUUUACCAACUCAAUCCAUCUUCGUCUUCGUUCACUGCAUUGUAUUUGUUAACACACAUACACAAAAAUGGCCACUCUGACGGUGCCGGAUCAGCUUCCUCCGGUGGCCGAAGAUUCCGAGCGCCUCCAUAAUGCAUUUCAAGGUUGGGGAACGGAUGAGGGGGCGAUUAUUUCCAUAUUGGCUCACAGAAAUGCUGAACAGCGCAGUCUGAUUCGACAAACCUAUGCCGAAACAUAUGGAGAGGAUCUCUUGAAGGCGCUAGACAAAGAACUUUCAAGUGAUUUUGAGAGAGUUGUGCUUUUAUGGACACUACAACCUGCUGAACGUGAUGCAUUACUAGCCAAUGAAGCAAUAAGGAAACUUACUCCAAAACAUUUUGUUAUAUUGGAAAUAGCUUGUACUAGAACUCCACGCGAUCUAUUUUUAGUGAAGGAAGAAUACCAUGCUCGUUUCAAGCGGUCGAUUGAAGAAGAUGUUGCACAGCACACUACAGGUGAUUUUCGCAGGCUUCUGGUUCCCCUUGUGACUGCAUAUCGAUAUGAUGGUCCUGAGGUAAAUGCUACCCUAGCAACAUCAGAGGCUAAGAUACUUCACGAGAAAAUCUCUGAGAAAGCUUACAAUGAUGAGGAACUCAUCAGGAUUAUAAGCACUAGGAGCAAGGCACAACUAAAUGCUACAUUUAAUCAUUACAAUGACCAAUUUGGGAAUGCUAUUAACAAGGAUCUGAAGAGCGACCCCAAUAACGACUACCUUAAACUUCUGAGAUCUGCUAUAAAGUGUCUAACUUGGCCUGAGAAAUAUUUUGAGAAAGUUCUUCGUUUGGCCAUCAAAGGGCUUGGGACCGAUGAAGAGGCUUUGACUAGAGUAGUAGUUACGCGAGCUGAGGUCGACAUGAAACGCAUCGUUGAAGAGUAUUAUCGGAGAAACAGUGUCCCUUUGGAUCAGGCAAUAAAAGGCGAUACCUCUGGGGAUUAUGAAGCAAUGCUUCUUGCUUUGAUUGGUAAUGAGAGUGGUUAACCCAAGAGUCAAGUCUAUGGAUAUCGUUAUGUGUUCUUGUUGGUAUAUCAUGUGUACUUGUUUUAUGCUGCUGUGGUUAUAGUUGGACCUUCACCAUAGAUUUAGUUUGAAGAAAAAUGUUGCACUGUGAUAGCAAUAGUUUUUAAUGGUUUUGUAAGACUAUCUUACAUAAAACUAUAUGCUUAUACCUUAAUGCUUAUAUAGUUUUCAUGGAUAUUAAUAAUUCAG